AUGUCACGCGCCGAUGCGAAUGCGGCAAACAGUGAAUACCAAUACCAAUACAAUUGGGUUGAUGGCGCGGAGACUCUUGAGAGGUAUAGACCUGGAGGCUACCACCCUAUCAUGAUCGGCGGCCUACUUCACGAUCGUUAUUACAUCGUCGACAAGCUAGGCUUCGGAGGGUACUCGACAUAUGUUGCUCUCAAGGUCGGUAUAGCAGAUUCGAUAUUGCAGGAGCCGAUCGUUCUCAGAGCGCUUACCACGCCGUUAUUAUCAUUAUCAUCAUCAUCAUCAUAUCCUAUACCUUUGGGCCGAAAUUCUAUCCCCCAAACCCUGGAUGAAUUUGAGCUGAACGGCCCAAACGGAAAGCACCUAUGCUACACCAUGCCACCAGCACGCCGCAAUCUCCGAGACGUGUCAUUCAGUUGUCUCUUUCCGCUGGACGUGGCGCGGGCUCUCUCAGGCGGCCGGACAACUGCUAUCACAUACAUGCAUUCUCGAGGCUACGCCCAUGGAGAUAUACAUCUACGCAAUAUCCUCACCAAACUCCCCUCCAGCUUCGACCACCUCACCGUUGAGAAGCUCUAUGAAGAAUAUAGCGAGCCAGAGACCGUCCCCAUCACCCUUCGCGAUGGUGAUGGAAGGGACUUUCCACCGAACGUCCCAGCGGAAGCCGUCUUACCGCUCGACCUUGGAAUCGAUGCGGAGGAAUUUUCCCUCGCGGACUCGCAUCUGAUUCUGAGUGACUUCGGCGAGGCCUUCGCUCCGGACUCGCAUGUCCGGCUCGGGAAAGAUUGUCACACCCCCCUGCCAAUGCGGCCCCCGGAGGCGAGGUUUGAGCCGUCCGUCGCGUUGUCUUACUCCGCCGACAUCUGGAGCCUAGGUUUCGCCAUCUGGGAGACUUUAGGCAUGAAGGCCCUCUUUAGUGUGGAGUUUGGCACGGCGGAUGAGCUAGUCUCCCAAUACAUUGACGUGCUCGGGCCGAUGCCCCAGGCACGGUGGGAAAGCUGGGAAGAGAGGGGCCGGUUUUUCGAGGACGACAAUCAGAGUUGUCCGAAGAAGGAUCGGUACGUCUGGCCUCCGAUUGAUCAGGCAUUUGAGGAUGGGAUUCAGCAUUAUCGCAAGAAGCGGAAAAUGGGCGACUUUGGGGCGGAGGAGACAGCGGCGAUCUUGGAUGUCAUGCGGCGGAUGCUGGCGUUCCGACCCGAGGAACGGCCAUCGGCUGCGGAGGUGCUGCAAUCGGAGUGGAUGGUCAAGUGGGUGUUGCCUGAUUACGAGCGGAGUUUGCGGUCGCAGUGA